UUUCGGUUCACUAUUUACUCUGCUCGCAGGUUACGCUCGGUACAUUAUUUUCUAGAAGAAGAUAGUAUGAUUGUUUUUGGAGGCAUCGAGCUUCUAUCGGUUAACUUGAAAAAUGUUAUUGCACAGAUCUCUCGGAGGAAUGUUUGAUUAAAAGUUUCAUUGAUAAUUUCAUAUAUUAAUUUUCACCGUCCCUCGUCGUGUCGUUACAAGAAACCAAAGAAAAUAUUCCACUGAAAAUCAUCCACGUAUACAGUCGCGUGGCUUAAAGUUACUGGUUUUCGAAUAGAACUAAAGUUUAGAUAAGGAACAAACUUCUUGAGAGGUAUAGUUUAAUUGGGGAAAUCAUUCGAACAUUUCGAUGAGUUCGAUGUUUCGGAAAAAUAGAGGCUGAACUGUUUCGAAGUCAAGUAUAUCAUUGCUUCCGAUAGAAGACACGCUUCUUCGUCUUAAUGACAUUGACAUUAACGUUAACGUUUGCUACUGUCACAAAUUUGCAGGCAUCGUGAACGCAUACGUUAAUAAAAAAUAUGAUAAAAUAAUCACAGCUUUGUAAAAAUGUGGAAAUAUUGUGGUAUUUAUUAUGUACUUCUCAUUAUAAUCGCUAUUGUAUAUGGGCAUGAUUUAAAAAGUUUCGAUGAUACCGUUUUGUUUAAAAUUAAUUGGCCAGGAAAACCGAAUCCCGAAUUAGCGGAGCCUUAUACGAAUGUAGAAUCAUACUUUAUAACAACUGCAAAUAAUGAACAGUACGAGUGCCUGAUUCCUGAUAACACUGAUCAGGAACCGGCUCAUAAUGAACCUUAUUAUGGAGCAAAUCCAAUGGAAAUUUUAUCAUUGUUAUUUAAAAACAACAUUUGCUCUUAUAAGGUUGACUCCUAUUGGACAUAUGAAUUGUGUCACGGUCGAUUUGUGAGGCAAUAUCAUCAAGAUAGAGAUGGAAAGAAAGAGAAAAUACAAGAAUAUACGUUAGGUACUUUUAAUAAAUUGCAAGAAAUCAAAUUGUUAGCAAAAUACGAUGAACGAGACUUAAAGCCUAACAGGAAAGCGGAAAUACCGGUCAUUAAAGUUGAUGGAAUCAAUAUGCCUUAUGUGGAAGUUGAGAUGGGUGAUGGCACAGUCUGUGACAUAUCUAAUAAACCACGGAAGAUUAAAGUACAGUACGUUUGUUAUACACACGUUAGACACGACUUGUUUUCUGUGGAAGAACCUAAAAGCUGUGAAUAUGAAGCUAUUGUACUUACUCAUUUACUGUGUCAUCAUCCUGACUACAAACCGCAUGGUAUAGGAGGAAAUGAAAUUAACUGUCUACCAGUUGAUAAUGCGCCAAAAAAACCAAGAGCACUUAUAGCAAUGGAAAAGGAAAGUAAGAUUCUACGACAUCAGAAAGCAACGGAUGACAAGCUGCAGAAAGUCCAUACGAUCCUCCGUGUAGAUGACGAGGGCCAGGAUGGCAAGACGCGCGUCAGAGUCGAAAUACAUCCGGUGGACGUAAUGGACAAAAACAGUAACGCUGAUGAUUCUAUAAGUUCCAUAACCGGUCAAGGUAUCAGUCCGGCGGAAGUAAGUCCCGUGAAAAAUUUCUUAAGCGGAAAAAAUUGUUUGCACGGUGGUAAUGGAUGGUGGAAAUACGAAUUCUGCUACGGACGUUCCGUAGUCCAGUACCACAUAGAGCGCGACGGCACCAAAACGAUAGUAAACCUCGGGAAAUUCGACAAGCAGAAACAUCUAGACUGGAUCGCCUCGCAUCCGCAUAAAAAGCCGAAACCGCCCGAACUGCGGAAACAGCUGUCUCAUUUCUACAGCGACGGAACUAUCUGUGAUAAGACCGGUAACCCCAGACAGACCGAGGUGAAGCUGAAGUGCGUCAAGGAUCACGCGGCCAGUCCGUCCAGUGUCUCGCUGUUUUUGCUCGAACCGAGAACAUGCGAGUACGUGUUGGGAGUCGAGUCACCGUUGAUUUGUGAUAUCUUAGAGUACGCCGACGAGAAUGGACUCCUCAGCGAGAAGUUCGAAGUGAAUUUCGACAAACUAAAGACUACCGUUUUCCACGAGUACGACGACUUAGACUUGAGAAUAGCGAACGGGGACGAUUAGAGCGACACGCUGGCGGUCACGAGGAAAAGUCUCGGUUAGAGGUGACAGUGUCGGCUCGCUGGUCACUCGUAUUUAGUUCCAACUAAUUAAACCAUGAUUCCAUUAUCCUAGCUCUCGAUUUUAAUCGGUCCACGAGCAUCAAAGGUUACACGUGUACGCGACACACGAGGCGCUCUCGCAAUCAUACGAAUUCUUUGGGCUAAGCGUGUUCGUAUACAUAUUAAGAAUUAAGAAUUGUGAUGGUUGCAACGAUACGAAAACUUCUCCCGCUCCGCGGACAUGUUCGGGGGCGCAAUAAAAACCUUUU